CAGGUUGUGAGAAAAUGGCCUUAGAGGGCAGCUGAAGAUCUCCAUCGAGAUGUAACCACGUCCGCUUUACCAUCAAACCUCAAUCCAGUGCCAUAUCCAAACCCAACCAAUAGAAACUAACGAACAGUGAGAAGAUGAAGUUAGGCAGCUGAAUCAUGGCUUUGAAACUUCGCAAAGACGUCAAGAAGUCCAGCUACUAUGUUUGGUUUCUGGGCGCCAAAGAAUCGAAAGGACUCAGAGGGUCUGAGUACAUAAUUCCUGUGAUCAAAAAUUUGGAGGAGAGAGAGAAAGAUGUAGAACCCUUUAAGGUCACUUUACAGGUGUCUCAUAAAGGCUUAAAGAUAAUUCAAAACAUCCUGUCUCAGAAUCCAAAAAAUUCCAAGCCGAAGAAUGAAACUAUAAAGCAUUUUAUUCCUCACAACACCAUAACCUGCGUGUAUCAACAAGAGGACAUAAUCGCUUGCAUCUUGCUGCUCUUCAACCCUGUGACCAAGUGCCCCUUGCACGUGCAUGCGUAUAGAUGUGACAGCUUGGAAACUGCCACCUUACUGAAAAGCCAGUUGCAAUUGUUGAUUGACAGGCCGGAAAAUCAGAAGAAGUACCAAGAGAUAGAAAAUAGGCUGAAACCAUCACCUCAACCAGAGCUGAAGAAGGUGGAUAGUAGUAUCGGUAGUGAUACUGGAACAUCUACUAGAGAAAGUGAGAGCAGUGAAGAAAGGUAA